AUGAAGAAGUUUGUCUCUGUGACACGGACCUUUGCCAGCCUGGGCCUUGACCCACGUGUGGCGGAAUGUGUGGAGCACGUGGAGUGGGUGAGCGACCUCGUCUGCAAGGCGAGUGAUAAGGUGCUGGAGCAGCUGCUACAGAGCACAGAGGGAGUGGAUAUGAAGAGCGAGCUCCAAGAGCGAAUCAAGAAGCGAAAAGAGGAGGAGGAGAAGAAGAAGAAGGAGAAGGAGAAGGAGAAGAGCGAGAAGAAGCGCAAACGAAAAAGGAAGCGCCGCCGGCGGCGGCGAAGGAAGGGGCCUGGUCAAGGCAAGUCAUCAGCCAUCCCGCAGGUCGAUGGCUUUGGGCCAGAGGACGUUGAUGCGCUGCUCGCUGUCAUCUGCAAGAAGAAGGUGCCAGCCCACGAUGUCAGUACGAGAGAGGCCCAGCGCGUGCUGGCCUCGCCUCGCCGCGCUGUUCGUCCUACGAAGCAGCCUCGCCGCGCUGUCCGCGCUAAAAAGCAGCCUUACCAAGCACCAGGCCUAUGGGAGGCCCUCAAGGUCUCCACAACAGCCUUCACGCGGCAGACAUCGGCCCUUCGCGGCGUCAGCCGCACAAUGCCAAACGCGACCACCCCAGUCAACACGCCACCACAGAUCAAGGCCAUCGCACACAACCUCCUUGACAUGACCUGUCGAACGCUUCAAGGAGCCCUGAAACUCCACAUCAGGCACGCCCCAGCACGCUGGCUGCGUACUUUCAGGUAUGUGCGGCAGAAAGCAAAGGAGCAAGAGCAGGAGGACCAGGAGGACCAAGAGAAGGACUCAGUUGAGGAUGAUCUUGAGUACGCUGAGCUGCGAGACCUGCUCACAGAUUGCAAGACAAAUGAGGAGCGCCUGGGCUUUGUGUUUGCAGUCAAGCAGGCACUGCGGCAGUACAGCCACAUCCGUUACAAGCACCCACCGCUCCUUCCCCUGUUUCGAGGCACAAGACACCUGCGCUUCUCCAAAUCCACGCUGCGCCUCCUCAAGAUACAACCCCGUCAAGGCGAUGGGUCUCGCCUUGAUGACUUCUUCAGGCCAAGGCGCCCUCGAGACCACGAGCGGCUAAAGGAAGCGACGUCCUUCGUAACGGACGGAGUCGCAGCACACGUCUGCCUGCAGGUAGAGGAGAAGCCGAAGGGGGCUGCCAAGAACAAGAAUGGUGGCAAGGUCGUUGCGGAUCAGAAUGCCAGCAAGGGCAAGUUGACCAAGAGCCAGCGGCGCACAAGAUCCCGUCGUCGCCGUCGCCGUCGCCGUCGCAAGUGUCGCUUGCGUCAGGGGACUGCCCAACCAACCGUGGUUGGGUGCGAUCCCGGCGUACGCGUCCCAGUGACACUGGCUUGCGUACAGACGGGGCGGGUUCUGCGCUACAGGCAACAGCGCUGGGCAAACUUCCUCCACUGUCGCCUUCUCUCGUCGAAACAGAAAAAGGCGCGACGGGAGAAAAGGCAGGCACACAAGGAAGCAUGGCAAGCAGCGCAGCAAGGCGUGGAGCAGCAGAGACCCAUACGACAUCCCCAUACGAUUGAGGAGCUGGCACACCGCCAGCAUACUCGGACAAGUUCACAAGACGGCACAGGAAACAGCUGCUCCAUGGCUUUUUGGCACGGCGGCGGGACUUGCGCGCGUUCAAUUGCGAGUCGCUAA